AUGCCUAGUCCGUCUUCGAAUCUGUUUGGCCAUGAAAACAUAUCCGAGAAUCAGGUUGAUACAACAAGCGCCCCGGACUUCACGCCCGCCACCACGGCCACGAUCAUGUGCGGUGAUAACUCCUACAAUGGUAUAGGCACACCGAGCCCUACCAGCCACUAUACCGGUAUUUCUACCAUUAGCAACCCAGCGGACAAUGGUUUUCAGGACACGACGGCGAGCAGCCUAGCCUUGCCCGACCCCACAAUCAUUCUGUACCAAAUUCAGAAGGCUGCCGAAGACGUGUCUCAGCUCGUUGGGCGAUUUGGAGAUAAGAUGGCGAAGGUGGUGCAGAGAUCCUCCAUCAAAAUGGCGCUCUUCACGAACCGCAAGUCGCUCCGGCUACCGUGCCUACAGUACGCCGACUAUCUUACCUGUCGGGUCACAAAACUCAAUUCCAAGCAACCGAUCGACCACACGGAUGCGGCCCCUCUGCUAUGGUGGCUCUGGGAUGACUUACUCGACUACAUAGGAACGUCAGUCACCUCGAAGGACUGCCACCUCAAGUUCACGCCCGCUCGUGAGACUAACAUCGACACGUCCUACACGAUCAGUAUCAACCUCUCAUCCAAAAACGGCAACAAGAUCAUCGAGCUUACUGCGUCCUAUGGCGGGCCAUUCCACGAGCGGCGCAUCUUUGACGCAACUACCGCCUGCUUUCGUUUUCCCCCAAAGGAAAGGUACGGCAAGCCACUCUCGGCCACCCUGGACGUCGACAAACACCCGUAUACUGAAAAAGGCUGUUGCGCUCACACCUUCGAUUACCUCAUGCCUCGUCCGGAGAGCAUGUGGCGCCACGCCAUGGAGAACUUCCCUCUAGACGGAGAGGAGGCCCUAGUCGUUGCUCUCAUCGGGACUUUCAAGGCUAAUAGCAACUACUACAUGUCGAAUAACGAAGUCAAGAAGUGGUUGAACCUGUUUCAGCGCUUUCCGGCCGAAGCCAGGGCCUAUGUCGACGAUCAGAAACUUGUGGGAAAGUAG